UCCUAUAUCUCUGGGUGCAACUGCUGGAAAAAGCACCAAGCUGCUAAACCUCUAUGCCAUGCCACCAUUACUACAUUCAUUGGAAAGUACAUAAUAGAGAAUGGGGACAAGCAGUUAAUCAGAGAUGCAGCAACACAUCAGUUAAACUCAGAGCGAUACGUUCACAGUUUUAAAGAUCUGUCCAACUUCUCCGGAUCAAUAAAUGUUUCCUAUCGCUAUCUGGCUGGCACACCUUUACUAAGAAAAAGAUAUCUUACCAUUGGACUAUCUUCAGUCAAACGGAAAAAGGGGAAUUAUUUGCUGGAAACAAUCAAGUCCAUAUUUGAGCAGUCAAGUUAUGAAGAACUGAAAGAAAUUGCUGUGGUAGUACAUCUAGCAGAAUUUGACUCCACCUGGUGUGAUGGCAUGGUUCAAGAUAUUUCACAGAAAUUUGCCCAUCAUGUAAUUGCUGGCAGAUUAAUGGUAAUCCAUACACCAGAAGAAUACUAUCCAGCAUUGGAUGGGCUUAAGAGAAAUUAUAAUGAUCCAGAAGACCGGGUGAAAUUUCGCUCCAAGCAAAAUGUUGACUAUGCAUUCUUGCUUAACUUUUGCGCUAACCUUUCUGAUUAUUAUGUAAUGUUAGAAGAUGAUGUUCGAUGUGCAAAAAACUUCUUGACUGUUGUUAAGAAAGUCAUAACUUCACGAGAGGGAACCUACUGGGUAACGUUGGAAUUUUCCAAGUUGGGUUACAUUGGGAAGUUGUACCAUUCCCAUGAUCUCCCCCGCCUGGCUCAUUUUUUGUUGAUGUUCUACCAGGAAAUGCCUUGUGAUUGGUUGCUGAUACAUUUCCGUGGACUGUUGGCUCAAAAGGAUGUGAUACGUUUCAAACCAUCACUUUUCCAGCACAUGGGAUAUUAUUCAUCUUACAAAGGAGCUGAAAAUAAAUUAAAAGAUGAUGACUUUGAAGAGGAUUCAUUUGACCUUCCAGAUAACCCUCCUGCCAACCUGCAUACUAAUAUGAAUGUAUUUGAGAAUUAUGAGGCAAGCAAGGCAUAUAGUAGUGUGGAUGAAUAUUUCUGGGCAAAAGCACCCUCAACUGGAGAUUUUUAUGUCAUUGUCUUUGAUAGGUCUAUUAAAAUUAGUAGAAUCAAGGUUGUCACUGGUACUGAAGACCGACAAAAUGAUAUUUUGCAUCAUGGUGCUCUGGAAGUUGGGGAAAAAACUGUUGGGGGCAAAAAGGGAAGGCAAUGUACUACCUUCUUGAGACUAGGAGAGUUUAGAAAUGGGAAUGUGGAAAUCACAGAUGUGGAGCACAAAGUUCUUUUUGACAUUAACUGCAUGAGAAUACUUGUUACCAAAAGCCAAAAGGAAUGGUUGAUCAUUAGAAGCAUUAGCAUUUGGACUUCACAGCUACCAAGUCAGUAAGGAAAAUCAGCAGCAGCAGAAUAUGCCAUUGCCUAAAUCCAGUGAAAUGGUGCCAUGAAAUGACUUUUUUUUUCAAUUUUUUGCUACUGAUACUGGCAAUCUAGGAAAUCACAAAACAAAUAAAAGCAAUCUAGUUUUUACUAGUUCAGUGAGGCAAUAUUCAAUUAUUAGUUUGUUGGAAUGUCUGAAUUUUAUAGGAAGUACAAACAUGUUUUGUCCAUCACUCAACCCCAGAUCCACUUCUCUGUUGUUUUCCUAUGUUUUCCCCUUUGGGAAGAACUGAUGGGCUUUUUUGAUGUUUUACAAUUUAAGGGUUUUGUAGGCUUAUGCCCAUAUAUUGUCAAAGGAAUUUAACUCCCUCAUAUUCACGUAUGAAUUUAAAAUGUGGUGGUAGUUUGUAUCUGUA